CACCCAGCACAGACAACCAGUCUUCGGCAAGAAGACACCAACAUGAAGUUUACGGUUGUGUUAGUAGCCUCAUUGGCCGUAGUGGCCUUUGCCAGCGAGGAAAAAGGCACACAAAAGGCGGUGGCCGAAGAAAAGAAACAAGAUAAACGUGGAAUUUACGAUACCGGAUCCUACGGUGGUGGCUACGAAUCUGGUGAUGGCGGUCACAGCUUCGGAGGCGGUGAUGGUGGUCACAGCUUUGGUGGAGACUUCAGCGGUCAUGAAGUGAGCAUCUCUCACGGCCAAUCAGGACACGAAAGUUACGGUCAUGGUGGUUCUGAAUUCGGAGGAUCCUCUGGUGACUCCUGGAAGCCCAUUUCCAGCGACUAUGGCCACGGACACCACGGUCACGUUCAUCACCACGUCAAAACCAUUGAAGUGAUCAAGAAAGUCCCCGUCCCAUACACGGUUGAGAAGCACGUUCCCUACACCGUCGAAAAGAAAGUUCCCUAUGAAGUGAAAGUACCCUAUCCCCAGCCCUACACCGUUGAGAAGAAGGUCCCCGUCACUGUCAAGGAAUACGUGAAAUACCCGGUUCAUGUCCCCGAACCUUAUGUUGUAGAGAAGAAAGUCCCUUACGAAGUUAAGGUUCCCGUCGACAAGCCCUUCGAAGUUAAGAUCAAGGUGCCCACUCCUUACACUGUAGAAAAGAAAGUGCCUUAUGAAGUCAAGGUCCCCGUACCUCAACCCUACACCGUUGAAAAGAAGGUACCUUAUGAAGUCAAAUACGAAGUGAAAGUACCUCAGCCUUACGAAGUCGUCAAGAAGGUGCCUUAUGAAGUAAAAGUACCCGUCGACAAACCUUAUCACGUAUACGUUCCCAAGCCUUACCCUGUGACUGUCGAGAAGCCUUACCCAGUAACAGUACACAAGCCGGUACCCUAUGAAGUCAAGGUCCCAGUCGACAAGCCUUACAAGGUCGAAGUGGAGAAACCUUACCCAGUCCCAGUGAAGGUACCAGUUCCCAAGCCUUACGAUGUAUACAAGAAGAUCCCUUACACCGUCGAAAAGAAGGUGCCUUAUGAAGUUAAGGUACCCAUCGACAAGCCUUACCCCGUAUUCAAGGAGGUUCAAGUACCUUUAGUCAAGGAGGUCCCAUACCCCGUCAAGGUGCACGUUCCCCUAUACAUCAAAAAGGAAGAGGAACACCAUGGUUGGCAUUAAUUAACAAACCUAGCGUAUAGGUUUCACGUCAGUACCUUAUAGUCUAAGUUCAAAUUGUGAUCAUUUAGUAUUCGUAGUGUAACUAUAAAAAAUUUACGUUACCGGUUCCAAGCUGGUAACGCUGAGAUUGUUUGUGUUGUGUUUGAAAUUGUUUGCUAUUUUCACGUUUUCAAAUUGCUGUCGCAUAGCACCGGCGAUCGGUGCGCGAUUCAUUUUUGUGCAUGAUAUCUAACGAUUGAUCUGUUGUUACUUGUUUUCUUUUCGUAUAAUGUGCUUUGUUUUAUGCAUUUGUGAAAGUUUUCCUUUUGCAAUAAACUUAUGUUGAGGCUGAUAUAAAUAAAUAUAUGUUAUAUAAAAA